AUGACUGAAAUACCUACUUUUAAAGUGGUUUUAUUAGGUGACCUGGGUGUAGGGAAAACUUGUAUAAGGUCACAAUUUGUCCAUCAUAUUUUUACUAAUGCCUAUAAAGCCACUAUUGGUGGUGAUUAUCUCACUACAACUAUAGAAGUAGAUAAGGUAAGUUCAUCGGAAUCAAUAAAUUCCCAUAUUGAUGAUUUGGAUCGAAGAAGUUUAUCUACCAAAGAGAAAACUAAGGUGAAUCUACAAAUUUGGGAUACUGCAGGUCAAGAAAGAUUUAAUUCAAUUAGUCAAGCAUUUUAUAGAGGUACUGAUAUUGUUGUAUUAGUGUACGAUAUAACUAAUUAUGAAAGUGUUUUAAGUUUACGUAAUUGGUUCAAAAGGUUCAUGGAAAACUGUGGAGUUUCACAUCCUGGAGUCAUAAUAAUUGGUAAUAAAAUUGAUAGAAUUAAUGAUAGAUGUGUGGAUUUAGAGGAAAUAAGAGAAGUCAUAACUAACAAUACUGAUGUUAGUGUAGGUGUUUAUGUUUUAGAUUGGGAAACUGACUGUAUGGAAGUUUGUAGUAAGAAUUUAGAUCAAGUCAAUAAAGCUUUUAAAAGAGUAGCUGAAUUAGGUUUAGAAUUAAUGAAUAAUGAUAGUAAAAGAAAAAUCAUUGGGUUUGAUAGUAUAGAUUUAAGUGAAGGAAUCAAUAAUAAGAAUAAUUGUUUCUGUUGA